CGGCUGAUAACCAGAGCAGUAAUGGUAGUGUGGAGUACUUCCCUCACCCUCCCUGCCGCCGCCCUCACUCUCCCCACACUUCCACACCCACCUCGAGUAGUACCUCCAGAGUGUCUUUAAGCCUGAUGAAGCUGUAACUCGGGAAGAAAAACGAACCAAUAAGAAGUGUCAGGAGCCAGACAUGAACAGCUGCACCUGAGUGGGCCUCAGAUAAGGAGCCAGACCGCACCAGAUACACCUGUGCAUUCCUCGUGAGACAGGAAGAGUGCCAAGCAGUGGUGCCAUGGUGACGUGGAUCGUCAGGAGCGCCUCCUGAAGUGUGGAAUAUUGCUGUGAACAGACGAGCAAUGUUGAGGCGUGAGUCACUAGUGGACUGACCGCACAAGCCACAGUUUAAGUGUGGAUAUUGUGGCAAAAUCAGUGUGUUCCUUGAUCUAGAGUAAGAGAUUGAAGCACACGAGAUGCAGUAGAAAAUAUUUUAAAAAGUAUAACCCCCCAAAAAAAGACGUCGGGAAAGCGUUCGUGUGAUGUGGGAGAAAGCUUUCGCUAAGAAGUGUGUGUGACGUAAGGAACAAUUUCGUUAAGAAGUGUGAGGCGGAGGGUAAGAUUUGCUUAAGAAGUGUGUGCGAAGAAUUCAUUAGGAAGUGCGUGUCUGAGAGAAAGCUUUCGUUAAGAGGCGUUUAACGAAAACGCCAGCGGAUGAAUCCGGAGGCGUGGAGGAGGGCGAUGUAGAGUGUGGAGGGAGGCGCAGCAGCAGGAUGGUCAACGCCGGGGCGGUGGCAGGCGGCGGCCUGCGCGGUGAUCCCUCCGUCAGCAGGCCGCGGGCCAGCGUCUUCAGGCGCGUCCUCACCACCGUCGGCAUAGUCUCUAAAGAGGAACGGCUGGUGGCUGCAGCGGACGUGGGGGAUGUCUCGGCGGUGUCGGGGCUGCUGAGCUCUGGCGCCGACGUCAACUGGCAGAACAGCCAUGGGGAGAGUGCCCUCAUGUACGCUGCUUGGCGGGGGCACGAGGCAGUGGUUGCCUCCAUACUCCAGCACCCCGCCACUCACGUCAACCUCCAGGAUAACGAUGGAUGGACGGCGCUGCUGUGGGCAUCCCACGGAGGUCACACUGGCGUGGUGCGGCUCUUCAUGGUGCACCCAGACACGGAGCCUGACCUCUCUAACAAUGCCGGCGAGACAGCCCUCAUGAAGGCUUCCGUUUUCGGCCACGAGAGCGUUGUCAGGCAACUUACUGGCUCCUACCGCACCUCGCUGGACAAACACCAUCCCGACGGCUCCACGGCUUUGCUGUGGGCGGCGGCGGGGGGCAAUGUUGGCUGUGUCACAUUUCUGCUUGAUGAAAAUGCCAGUCUGGACACAACUGACAAAGAUGGCAUGGAUGCCCUCAUGUGGGCCGUGUCUGUGGGGCAGACAGAGACAACAGAACUGCUGGUAAGGCGCGGAGCAAACCUUUCCAGGAGGGAUAAAAUUGGUCGCUCUCCAUUACUUAUGGCGGCGGAGACAGGUCAUGCAGAGGUGGCCAACAUUCUGCUCCAACACGAUGGUACUGACAUCAAUCUUUGCACGAAAGACAAAGUGACGCCUCUCAUGCGCGCAGCUGAACACGGCCACUCGGUAAUCGUCAACAUGCUCUGCAAAUGCCGCGACAUAGACGUUAACAUGCAGGAUGGUCAGGGCCGGUCAGCGCUCAUAUUUGCGUCGCGCUCUGGUCAUGCAGACUGUUGCUAUAUCCUCCUUCACCACCCAAGUAUUGACCCCAAUCAAUGUGACUUGGAGGGGCUUUCUCCAGCCAUGAUGGCGGCCACAGCCGGACAUGAAGAGGUUUUAGCAGCACUUCUGUCGCACCGCGAGAUCUGCAUCUCUACUAAGUCCAGAAAUGGUUUCACAGCCUUUAUCCUGUCCGCUCGCAGUGGCCAACGAACCAUCGUCCAGAGGUUGCUUGCACACCCCGAAGUAGACAUUAAUGAGAGGGACGGAAACGGAAUGACUGCCCUUGCAUGGUCGGCUAGGAACGGCGCGGUACAUGUCGUGGAACUCCUGCAGCAGUACCAGUCGCUUCAGCCCAACAUACCAGACGAAGAUGGAUUAACUCCCAUUAUGUGGGCAGCAAGAAACAACCAGCUACUUGCAGUAAAGACCCUGUUAAGAGAUUCACGUAACGACAUAGACGCUAAGGAUAAAGACGGUCGCACGGCUCUAACUUGGGCCAAAUUACAGUAUAACAAGGAUAUAGAGCAGUUGCUCACACGGUAUGGACAACUAGCGUCAACAAUAACUGAUGACAGUAUAGAUGAUUCUGCCUCGGAUUCGUCACUCCACACACCAUCCGCCAUGAACCGGCGUUAUAGUGAUCAAGUCAGCGACAUACAGGUGGAUAACAUUGGAGACGUCGUCAAGUUACUGGAGAAUGGGCCUUACAUCAGUUGGCGGCAAAAGACCGGCAAGACGUCGUUUGCAUGGUCGGUGGCCAGCGGGCAGACCGAGGUGGUGAAGGUGUUUCUGUUGGUGCCCGGGUUGGACGUGAACGAGCGGGACGAGCAAGGCCACACACCUCUCAUGGCAGCAGCACGAAAUGGUCACGCAGACGUUAUUAAGCUUUUACUGUUGCACGAUAAUGUCAAGAUCAACUGCACGGACUGGCGUGGCCGCACGGCACUCAUGAUUGCCGCCGAAUUUGGCCAGCUUCGUGCCUUGGUCAUCCUCCUUAAGUGCCCGGAAGUGAACAUCAACCAGACAGACGAUGACGGCCACACAGCGCUUACUAUCGCCGUCAUUGCUGGCAUGUUUGAGAUCACAAAUGCCCUUCUGCGGCAUCCAUCCAUCGAUGUCAAUAUCACUGCUACAGACAAGUGCAGUGCGUUAUUGUUCGCCGUUCGUGCAGGACAUAACGAAGUGACUGAACUUUUGAUAGGAUUCAAAAGCACAAACAUUAACCUAGCAGACGACUGUGAAGAAACUGCACUUCACGUGGCGGCCGGCCAUCACGGCAACAGUUUCGUGACGCGCCUUCUCCUUCAACACCCUUAUGUUGGUGUCAAUCGCUGUAAUAUUCAGGGUUGCACCGCCCUAAUACUCGCAGCCAAAAACGGCCACCUCGACUGUGUUAAACUACUGAUGGAGCAUCCUCUCAUUGACGUGAACCAGCGAGACAAGGAUGGGAAGACGGCUCUCGUAUACGCCUGCAUGAUGGGCAGAGAAGACAUUGUAUGUCUUUUGUUUUCUCAUCCAGAUGUUGAUCCAAACAUUAGGUGUAAUGAGAAAGGCAUGUCAGCACUGCUGCUGGCCGCACGCCAUAACCAUGGUGGGGUGGUGGGCCUACUGUGUGCUCGCAACAACAUCGAUGUAAACCAAGUAGACGAGUUUCGGGCAUCGGCGCUGAUGCACUCAGUAAGACGCGGGUCUCGGCCCUCUGUGCAGGCGCUUCUCGACCGAAACGACAUUGACAUCAACAUUCCUGAUGCUGAGGGCAAGACGCCCCUCAUCCGGGCGCUAGCAUCCAAUCACUAUGAUCUGGCGAUGCUGUUGCUGGCGCGCCCUGACGUCAAUGUCAAUGCCCAGACGCUAGAGUCUAAAACAGCCCUCAUGUACGCUGCCAUAUACCCAGAGGGCCUCCCAGCGCUCAAACUCCUGCUGGCCAACAAGAACAUCGAGGUGAACACCACAGAUGAGCGGACAUGCACGGCGCUGCUGCACGCCUGCAAGAGUGGCAACGUGGAGGCGGCGUUGGCUCUGGUGGAGACAGACGGCGUGGACCUUGAGGUGCGGGAUGACCAGGGCAUGACGGCGCUCAUGUGGGCCGCCAUGCUAGGCUUCCGCGUCAUCGUCACUGCGCUCCUGCAGGUCCGGACGAUGGAGGUAAACGCACUGACGCCGGACGGGUUGUCUGCUUUGGGCCUGGCGUGUGAGGCGGGGCAGGUGGAGGUGGUGCAGCUCCUGGCCUCCCAACCCACCGUCGACGUUAACGCUGGCGACACUGCUGGCCGGACCCCGCUAGUAGCUGCCCUCGAGAGGGCCCAGCACGAGUGCGUGAGGGUGCUGCUCCAACACCCAGCCCACUCCCUCUCCCGAGCGGGGGUGAGGCCGCCCUACCUCCCGCCCACCCUCAAGGCCAUGGUCAACCUCUACAGGAAGAACAGCCAGGUGCGUCAUGCGCUGGUGCUGAGUGCGCCGCCGCCCUCGCUGGUGAUGGACGGCGUGGGACGCGCAGGGGACGCAUGCGUGGCGGGGGGCGGGGAACUGGCCUCCGUCCUCCUCUCACUACCCAGGCCCUUCCAGGUGGUCCAGCACGUGCUGCGGCGGGCCACAACACAGUCCCUCUCCGAGCACGUCGGAGACUUCGCCGCCAAGCUGGACCCUGACGAGGACGGAGCCGUCGUCCUCUACAUCAGCGGAGAGGUGUUGGUGACUCCAGAGGGCCCCGCCCUGAGCCUGCCCUCCGCUCACUCCGCCCCCACCAACGUCCUCCUCGACUCCAUGGUGCGCGCCCUCGCCGCUACGCCCACACUGGUGCUGAUCGUUGAUGCCGUGAGCGUGCGGGCGGACGGCAUGGCGUGCGAGUCUGCCAUGGUCAACACCCUGGCCCACAUCCUGCCUCCCCUCGUCCACCCCAACAUGGCCAUCCUGGGAGGGGUCUCCAUGGAGCGCCUGCAGAUGGUUGGGUCGCGAUGUUCGUCCUUCAGCGGCGUGGUGGCGCGGGAGAUCCUCCAUGGCGUCAGUCUCCCUCAGCUCCACCGCAGGAUCAACCAAGCCCUUUCCCGCGCCCCCAGCUCUCCCGUCCCCACCGCUACGCCCCCGCCCGCCACCUUCGUCUCCAACAUGACCCACGACUGGCUCUUCUGAGGCCGAGGACCCAUCAAUGCUCUCUGCAUUCACGGAAACUUUUUUGUUUUUUCUGUUUCGUCCGGCCCGGGUGACCUUCAGGUGAUGUGAGCCAUGGACGUGAGGCAAGGAGAGGCCCCAUGGUAGAGUGGUGUGUGGUGAUGAAUGGUGACCCCAGGGUGGUGUGUGGUGAUGAUUGGUGACCCCAGGGUGGUGUGUGGUGACCCCAGGGUGGUGUGUGGUGAUGAAUGGUGA